AUUUUGCUCUUCACUAACACUCAUUGAAAAAUGUCUCGUGUAAAGGAAUUCUUCGCCGGAGAUUCAACUUCCGGCGGCGGCGGCCAGAAAUCCACGAAGAAGAAGCUAUUUCUAGCCCUCUUCGCCUCAAUCCUACUCGCCGCCGCCAUAGUUGGAGUAGUCGUCGGAGUAAAAUCAAGAAAAGAAAACUCCGAGGACAGCUCCGACAUCAAACUAUCUCGGGCCCACGCCAUAGCGAAAUCUUCGUGCAGCAACACGUUGUACCCGGAGCUAUGCUACUCCGCCAUCGCCGAUUCUCUCGACGGCGGCAAAGAGAAGGUGAAGUCGAAGAAAGAUGUUAUCAUUCUGUCGUUGAACGUCACCACCGCGGCCGUGCGGCGGAACUACUUCGCCAUAGAGAAGCUGCUCGCCGGCGGCGGCGGAGGCGCAAAGAGUGGCAACUUGACGGAACGGGAGAAGUCGGCGCUGCACGACUGCUUGGAGACGAUCGGAGAAACGCUGGACGAACUCCACGCCGCCGUUGAAGAUCUGAAGGAGUACCCCUCGUUGAAGAAGUCGGUUAAAAACCACGCCGACUACCUCAAAACCCUAAUCUCCUCCGCCAUUACCAACCAGGAAACAUGCCUGGAUGGAUUUUCUCACGGGAAAACUGAUCGGCACGCGCGUGAGAUUCUCGUCGGCGGCCAGGUUGUGCGCGUGGAGAAGCUCUGCAGCAACUCACUCGCCAUGAUCUGCAACAUGACCGACACGGAUAUCGAGAACGAGAAGAGGGGACUGACCAGCGGGAGGAAGCUCGUGGCGGAGGGCGGCGGCGGGUGGCCGGAGUGGUUGUCGUCUGGGGACAGGAGGCUGCUGCAGUCGUCGACAGUGACGCCGGACGUGGUGGUGGCGGCGGACGGGAGUGGGGACCACAGGACGGUGUCUGCGGCGGUGGCGGCGGCGCCGGAGAAGAGCAACCGGAGGUACGUGAUUAGAAUAAAAGCAGGGGUGUACAGAGAGAAUGUGGACGUGGGUAAGAAGAAAACGAACAUAAUGUUCGUCGGAGAUGGGCGGAGCACCACCAUUAUCACCGGAAGCAAAAAUGUACAAGAUGGAAGCACAACCUUCAACUCAGCUACAGUCGCUGUAGUGGGUGAAAAGUUCUUGGCGCGUGACAUCACAUUCCAGAACACAGCCGGGCCCACAAAGCACCAGGCCGUGGCCCUGCGCGUGGGAUCCGAUUUAUCCGCGUUUUACAGGUGCGAUAUUCUAGCCUAUCAAGACACCCUGUACGUGCACUCCAAUCGCCACUUCUUCGUCCAAUGCCUAAUCGCCGGCACCGUCGACUUCAUCUUCGGCAACGGCGCCACCGUCCUCCAGGACUGCGACAUCCACGCCCGCCGCCCUAACUCCGGCCAGAAGAACAUGUUCACCGCCCAAGGCCGAACCGACCCGAACCAGAACACCGGCAUCGUCAUCCAAAAGUGCCGGCUCGGAGCAACCUCCGACCUCAGACCGGUCCAGAGUAGCUUUCCGACGUACCUCGGCCGGCCGUGGAAGGAAUAUUCCAGGACGGUGAUCAUGCAAUCUUCCAUCACCGACGUGGUUCACUCCGCCGGGUGGCACGAGUGGGACGGCAACUUUGCCCUGAGCACUCUGUUCUACGGCGAGCACCAGAACACCGGCGCCGGCGCCGGAACUUCGGGGAGGGUCAAUUGGAAAGGGUUUAAGGUGAUUACGAGCGCGACGGAGGCGCAGAGUUACACGGCGGGGAGUUUCAUCGCCGGCGGUAGUUGGUUGAGCUCCACCGGUUUCCCGUUUUCCUUGGCUUUGUGAUUUGGGAUUAAUUGGUGAAAUUUAAUAUUUAUUUUAUUUUUAAUAUUAUUAUUGUUUAGGUUGGUGUAAUAAUCAAUUAAGAUUUAAUACUGUUAUUAAGAGAAUAAAGUUUGUCAUUUGAUUAUGUCGUGGAGAUUAAUGUGAAUAAAACGCGCCAAUUUUAUUCCGAUUUCC